UAAUUGAUAAUUGAAUAUUCGUGGACAAGCAAACAUAAUGAAGAGUGAUGAUUUUAUUAUUGACGACAAAUCUGGAAUAAGGUAGUCAGAGCCAUCACUUUCAACAAGACUGAAAAGGCUACGUUCAGCUUUAUGGUUAUAAAAAAUAUCGAACUAACGAAAAUAAUAUAGAAUUAAAUUUCAUCAGCAAUGGAAGAUCUAGAUACUCCGCAAAUCAUUACCCAUAUAGAGAGUAACCUUAACCAUUCUUUGUUUGACUGUAAAUGGAUUCCAUGUUCAGCAAAGUUUGUAGUCAUCGGUUCCUUACCCAAGGGAAGUGGAAUGAUAGAAAUAUAUGAAAUUACAUCAGGAGAAGCUAAGAAAUUAAAGGAUAUUGAAAGACCUAAUUCAUUUAAAUGUGGAACUUUCGGUGCCAGCAGCGAUGUAGAACGACGGCUUGCAACCGGCGAUUUUAAGGGUACCUUAGAAAUAUGGGACUUAGAAAAAAGUUGCCAAAUCUACAUUACCAAAGAACACACAGACAUUAUAAACUCAAUAGACGGCAUGGGAGGGAACACAACAAACUGUGGAGCUCCAGAGAUUGUGACCGGCAGUCGAGAUGGCACAGUCAAAGUCUGGGACCCUCGUCAGCGAGGUAAACCAGUAGCCAACAUGCAGCCGAAGCAGGGCGAAGCCCGACGAGACUGCUGGACUGUGGCCUUCGGGAACUCCUUCAAUGACGCUGAGAGGAUCGUCCUGGCGGGCUAUGAUAAUGGGGAUCUGAAGAUGUUUGACCUGCGCACUAUGUCACUCAGAUGGGAAUGUAAUUUGAAAAAUGGGGUAUGUUCAGUGGAGUUUGAUCGCAAAGACAUACCAAUGAAUAAAAUUGUGGCUACCACACUAGAAGGCAAGUUCCACGUUUUCGAUGUGAGAACACAAAAUCCAACUAAAGGAUUUGCUCAGGUGCUUGACAACGCAACCAAAAGUGGCACGAUUUGGGUGGCGCGCCAUCUCCCUCAGAACAGAGAUUUGUUUGUAACUUGCGCGGGAAAUGGACAAAUUUCGCUUUGGAAAUAUGAAUACCCAGAACAACGCUGCCGCACCGACGACAAAGGCGCCGCGGUGGGCGUCCCGGGGAAACUCAAGCGACUCCAGCGCAUGGUCAUAAGCUCUCAGCCAAUCAACGCGCUGGAUUGGAAUCGCGAUCACACCGGAUUGGCUGUCGCAACUGCAUAUGACCAGUGCAUUAGGGUGUUGGUCACUACUAAAUUGAAUUUGCAAUAA